CAGUUAAACACGUUCAGUUUGUGUAAUAACCGCCCGCCGCGAGCACAACAGCAAUCGGCGCGGCGUUUAGGAGGAAAGCGUCGCGUCUGAGCGUUGGUUACUGUCACGCACAACAUGGAACAGAGGACGUUAGUUAGAAAACAACAGCGCGAGAGGCAAAAACAAGCGCGGACACCCGCAACUUCACGCUGACAGCGAUUUAAAAAGCCUUCGUAAAAGUUUCGCUGACGCGCGCGUGACGUUGGACGAGUCAAAUGUAACAGGCGAGUUUGUUUGUUUGUCUUUAAUAAUUAAAAUCGGAGGGAAGUGUAGGUUGGCAUGGGCGCCAAGCAGAGCAGUCCCGCUGCCAACGGGCGCACGCGAGCGUACUCGGGCUCGGAUCUCCCGUCGAGUAACGUCAGCGGCAGAACGGCUGCGAUGAGAUAUCACGCGCACAGUACAUCAGGUGCGACAUCAUCAUCAUCAUCAGCGGCAGCUGCUUCUCACUAUAUCGGCCCCAGGACGCGCUCUGUGGGGGGUGGUACCGGUGGCCCGGGCGUGCGACCCCAGUCGAGCAUUAAUAUACCGAACUCCGGGGCGUAUAGCUCUCAAGAGUCCGGUAACAGCACACCGGAGGAGAACGGCGGAGAGAGAGAGCGGUCAACCGGCACCCCGAGACUGUUAAUCGGAUCUUUACCUGCUCACCUGUCGCCUCAUCUCUUUGGAGGUAGCUAACGUUAAAUCAACAGUUAUUUGUAGUU